AUGAGUUCGGGGAGUAAGAGUACUCAUAUUGUUCUUAUCCACCUUCAGUUACUGUUCUUUUUAGUGAUCAGCAUCUCUGAAUAUCCACUAGCAAGUCAUGGAUGCCAGGCACAUGAGCGUAGAGCACUCUUAGAUUUCAAAUUAUCUUUGAGUGACCCUUCAAACCGAUUAUCAUCAUGGAAAAAUGAAAACUGUUGUCGGUGGUAUGGAAUUAGAUGUUCCUCGGAUGCUCAUGUCAUCUCCAUCAACCUGAGGAACACUGUUCUUGAGAAUUACUCAAAUGAAAGAAGGUUAAGGCGUCUCAAUGGAAAUUUCAGCGACGUGCCACCACCAGACACUGCAUUACAUGGUAAAUUCAUCCCUCCUUCCCUUUCGAAUAUCACACAUCUGGAAUAUCUUGAUCUCGCCUUCAACGAUUUCUUCAAUGAUUUUAUGGAGACGGAACUGCCACAUGGUCUAACAAAACUCACUCAUUUAGAUCUCUCCAACUCCAAUUUCUCAGGACCAAUUUCACCACAAUUCACCAACUUAACAUCUCUACAAUAUCUUGAUUUAUCUUGCACAAGAAAUUUGUAUUAUUCUCCCAUGUGCUUAGUAGUGUCAACUAUAGAAUGGGUGAGAGGGUUAAAAAACUUACAGGUCUUAAGUUUGAGUGGUGUGGAUCUAGAUAUGGCCACAAAUCCAGGAAACAAUAUUGCUGAAGACAUAUUAUAUCUUGCCAAUCUAAAGCAUCUUGAUCUCUCCGAAUGCGGUAUCUCUACUUCGCUUUUUCCAAUCCCUGGUUCUAAAAAGCUUUCUCGUCUAUCUUCUAUCAAAUUGAGUGGGAAUACUGAUCUCAUUUCCAAAAUCCCAGUAGAAAUGGCGAAUUUACCUUCACUUUCUAUUCUUGACGUAUCUGGUUGUGGAUUACAAGGUUCAGUUCCUUAUCUUCCUCAACUCACAAAGCUUAAUGUGAGGAAUAAUUUUGAUCUUCGUCCUGAUCUCACCAGCAUGUUUCAACGAAAAUGGCCUAAACUUCAAACACUGUCAAUAUCGGAUGCUAAUGUUAGUGGACCGAUCCCGGUCUCGAUUACAAAUGCUCCAUCAUUGGUCAAUUUUGAUGCUGCAGGGUGUAAAAUUCAAGGGUCUUUACCUUCUUCCAUUUCUAAUCUUUCUAGAUUGCAGUCUCUAGAACUCUCUGCAAAUGAAAUAACAGGCAAUAUACCAGUUUCAUUCUGUGCUUUUGUGGGGUGUCUUCUCAAAGGGAAUAUUGUGAUUACUUGUGCGCUUGAGAACUCUCGGUUCUAUGGUAGUUCUUCCAUUUCUGCAUCGUAUAUUCUUCUCAGUUCAUUACCUCGCCCACCUACAGCUUUCAUGGUCUAUGACAUGCUUUCUGAUCUAUUUCAGAAGCUUGAUGGGUAA